UUUAUUUUGCAGUUUGAAGCAAGCGCUCUCGGAGAAGAAAUGCAAAGCAGUUAGAAUUAUUCCAGAGCCAAAUAAUUCGUUCACCAAGUAACAACCUUGGUUCUAUUUGUAGGACUUUUACGUCUCAGAGACUCCCACAUUCAGUCUCAAACUGUUCACUAGAAACGAAAAGAGGCCCAAAGCCCUCAGCAAUGGAGAUAUAUAUAUUUUUGAUGCAACAAUCCAUUCUGAUUGUGCGUGUGAAAUCCCAAACACUUUGGAAGCUGUAUUCUUGCACCUCGUUAUGGAAUUUUGGCAAUGACCCGCCUUUCCGAAUUUGCUACUACUUCAGUAAAGGUUCUUCACUUAACAUCAAAACUUUUCCGCUUUUGCCGACCUGAUAUUGAUAAAUUUGCUGUCAAAGUAAGAAGUGCUCUUGAGAGGCCACUGUUCUGGUGGGUCAUUGGAAAGACUGCCAGUUCAACUCUAGGUCUUUCAUAAGUUGCCCCUAUAAAUCAUUCAUAAUCUUUCAUUUUUGUAUGUUAAAUGUUAUUUAAGUGACAAAAACUUCUUUACUUUGGGUCACUCUGUCAGAAUUGUGAUUUGGGAAAAGAGUCUCAAAACCCAUGGUUUUGCUAGUCUGUGUCCAAAACAUAGAGAUAGCAUAUACAGUAGGUGUUAUAAUAGUGUAAAUGGCCAAUACCAUAGUAAUUUGACAUUUCUUUUAGUAAGUUAUGUAUGUUGUCUAACUAUGUAAUUGCUAAAAUAUUUUGGAUAAUAAAAUACUUAGAAUGAAAUUGAUUAGUUCGUUUUGCAAUUAAUUAUAAUAAUCUAAUUUGUAAUAUAUCCUAUAUUUGUUAAAUUAAGUCAAAUAUGAUAAAUACUAUGAUUCAGUUCUCAAUUUCAGUUUCACAAGAAACUCUCCCUUUGUUUGAUUGUUUAUGCAAUUGUAAAUCUGUUCUAUAAAUGGGUUUGAAGCUUAUUGCAAUAAAAAUGUUUCUGAGAAUUUGAUUAGAAAAUUAUCUGGAAUUGUUUAAUUGUUUGAAGUUUGAAAAUGUUCUUAUUAAUUCUUUGGCUAUUUCACUUGUAACUUUUAACCGUAAUGUGUUGACUAGAAUUUUUGGACCCUUGUUGAUGUAACGAAUGCAUCAUCUGCUCCUGAUGUGGCACAGCGUUGUCACUAAGUGUUCACAUACCCAGUAUACAAUUGUCAACUCUAACACUCUAUGCAGUGAGGGCCUUUUCUUAAGUCAUUAUGCAUUCAUAUCUCGGCAAAUACACCAGAAUUACCUUAAAUGGAUACAAUUCAUUAAAGGCUCCAUAAAUGUGCCUGUUAUGAAUGGCACUUUAUAUGAUGGAGCAACCAAUGGAUAUUUCGUCAAAUUUGAGGAAAAAGCUCUGUGAAUUCUUUCACUGCUAGUUGGCUCAAAGGAGGUGUAUAAGGUUUUUGGUAAUGUGACUAGGUGUAGGAGUGCUUCAUCAUAUAUCAAAUCACUGUGCAAAUUACGUCAGGAAGAAUCGAUAGAAGAUUAUACUGGUACAAAAUUAAUCAUAAAAAUAGCAUUUAUGACAAGUGGAGAAUAUAGAAGGAGUGCGCGCUUAUCUGAACUAGAUGCACAGAAGGCUAAGCAAGCAAAGAGCCAAAAUGGGGCUAAUGGGACCAGCCAGUUGGAAAUGGUACAAGAUUCAGGUCCCAAAAGAGAUUCCUGCCAAAAGUUUCGUAGAAAGAGGAAGACCAGGCCUGUGCAAGAUCUUGUAGAUACUAGUGUCAACUGCCAAGUUCUGAAGGCUGGAACUUCAAAUGAUGAAGACCAUCAUAAAAACACUGCUGACAUGUCAUCUAGAAUUGCCACUCCAGAAAGAAAAAAUCUUGAGCUGUUACUCAGUAAACUGAAAAGGAGAGACAUAUAUCGAAUCUUUGCAGAGCCAGUUGACCCAAUUGAAGUUGAAGACUAUUAUGAUGUCAUUAAAGAACCGAUGGACUUUAGCACAAUUACAGAAAAACUUAAUGGAGGAAGCUAUGGAACAGUUCAAGAGUUUGAGCAUGACAUAUCUUUGGUGUACAACAAUGCAAUGCAGUUCAAUGAUUCUGAUACCAUUUAUUACAAACAGGCUCGUGCUAUAAAAGAACUAGCUAAUAAACUCUUUCGUGCUUUGAAAGCUGAUCCCCAGAACUUUGAAACUGAAUGUUCCAUGAUAAAUGUAAGACCUAGUAGGAGGAUCAAGGCCAUAUCUGGAUCUCUGGAUUCUAACUCUGGCAACAAUACAAAUGGCCGUAAAUAUGAAAGAGGAUCACAUAAUUUGGAACUACAACCACGUUGGACCUAUAGUUCUCAUACUUCUAGUCUGAAUGGGAAUGAGCCAGUAGUGACACAAGUUUAUAACAGCACAAAAAACCUUGAGCCGGUUAAGGAGAAGAGAAUUGGAUACUCUGAGAGUUUACUACGGUUUGUAAAAAAUUUGGGGCCAACAGCUCAAAUGGUUGCCAAGAGAAUGCUAGGCAGAGGCAUGGCUGAAAGUUCAAACUAUCAUCUUCAAGUUUCCAAUAAUCAAAAUUCUGCAGUGGUGUCUGCAGGUAUGGAAUUGUCCUCAGGCUUGCUCCAAAGGUUUUCAGGUAAAAAGGAAGACAUUCAAAAUGGAAUUUUGAACAGAAGGAAGGUACUUUCUGUUGACAAGAUUGACAUAUAUGAUGUCUUGAGAGGAGGAAUCGCCCAGACUAGCAGUACCAUGAAAACCCUUGGUGAGAUCCAUAAAACAAGGGGCCAAGCUUCAAAUAAUCAAUUCACUGCUGCAGAAUUUGCACGAAAGGGUAUCACUGUUGCUCCAUCAUUAAAGGUUGACGGAAAUUCUACUGGAUGCAUUAACCAUUCUGGUAAACAAUUAGAUAUUCAUAGUGGCACUUCAUUGGGUAAUGGGUUUAAUGAACAUGUCUCAGUGACUGGAGAUGUGGAGGUAGAUCUUCCUGCAGAACAGGAGACAAACAGCAGCCCAAACAAAUUCAAUUUCGUAAAGUUGAUGCUAGGAGCUAUCAAUUAUAGCCCUGAGCAAACAACUGAGGUGGUUUCUUCAGGGUCAGAAAUGCAAGAGUUAUUACCUACAAGUUACAGCUGUCUGUCAUCUUCAUUGCUGUGGCCUCUUCAGUCUGUGCCAGGAGGACUAACUAGGAGUCAAGACAUUGACUUCAUGCAUGGGGUGGAUUUACACAAUCUUGAUGGAGUACAACAAAAUCAAGCAAUGGAAGGUCAGGAAGGUACAUGCUUUGGAGGAAAUAUAGAGCAGGGAAUCCAAGUUUUGAAUUGGUUGAAGUCAAAGGUGGACAAUGGGUCAAGUAGUACUCAAGCCAUAGGCUCCAUACAGGGGUUGGAUUCUCAUUAUCUUGGAGUGUGUCAAGCUCAAGCUACAGCUGAUGAGGCAGGCCUAAGCCAUGGAGGCAAUGUACUUCACGGAGGUGAAGUUUCAAAUUGGUUUAAGCUACCAGGUUCAAGAGUGGAUGAGUUAGGACCAAGCCAUGGCAAUACUGUAAAUGGAGGUGAAGUUUCAAAUUGGUUUAAGCUGACAGGUUCAGGAGUGGAUGAGUUAGGACCAAGCCAUGGCAAUACUGUAAAUGGAGGUAAAGUUUCAAACUGGUUUAAGCUGACGGGUUUGGGAGUGGACGAGUUAGGACCAAGCCAUGGCAAUACUGUAAAUGGAGGACAACUUCCAAAUUGGUUUAAGCUGACAGGUUCGGGAGUGGAUGAGUUAGGACCAAGCCAUGGCAACACUGUAAAUGGAGGACAAGUUCCAAAUUGGUUCAAGCCAACAGAGUUGGGGCCAGAACCUAUUCCUGAUGAUUGGCUCCAGAAGCAAUGUGGAUCUUUAGCUGAAGUGGAGUUGUUUUGUCAAGCUGAGUCCUCACAACAGCAAGGCGCGGACAUGACUCCUUACGAUGGAAAGCCGAUGAAGACAUCAAAUAUGUGUGACAUUGGCAAGUGCGGAACACCUGGGGCAGAGCAGUUUACAGUUGGAGGUCCAGGAGCAAUCACUCAUUCUUAAAACCAGCAACCAGCAGAAGCAACCCUCGCGAGAUUCUUGCCCUAUAUAGCAGGGCUUUUCAACCAUGAACUAAAGCAUUUAAUAAGUAGCUAGAAGUGUAACAUGACCAUACCCAGACUGAUGCAAUACAUGGGACAUGCUUUCUUAUGGUUACAAAGAAAAUAAACUUGAAAAGAAAAAACCCUCAAUGGAAUUCCAUGGUGCAGUUGGAAUAGUAGUUUUCAGACAA